AUGUCCUACAACGGCAGCGACAGCAAGGCCCGUGCACACUCGCCCUCUGAAGGCAACGUCGUUGAUCACCAUGCGGCGGGUGUCACAGAGGAAGUUCCUGUAGGACCGCGAAGGGAGCCGCAUGCGAAGGAUACGAUGAUCCAGGUGCAGCCGUUGAAGCGUAGCGAGAUGCAGCCUUCCUAUGCUCAGGAUCUUGGAACUGGUGGGGUUACCCAUGGAGUAUACGGAUCCCUCUUGCAAGGAUUGGGCUCAAUUGUUGGUUUCUUCGGAGCCAUUCCCUGCUGCCCAUGCCCCAACCCAUUCCGAGAAGUCAACCAAGGCGCUGUCGGACUCGUCUCGCGUUUCGGACAAUUUUACAAGUCUGUGGAUCCCGGUCUUGUGCAGGUCAACGUCUGUACCGAGUCUCUCCGCAUCGUCGACGUCAAAAUCCAGAUCAGCCCCAUUGGUAGGCAGAUGGUCAUCACCCGCGAUAACGUCAAUGUCGAAAUCGACUCCGUCAUCUAUUUCCAGAUUUGCAGCCCUUACCGUGCAGCGUUCGGUAUCACGGACCUCCGCCAGGCUCUCAUCGAGCGUGCACAAACGACUUUGCGACAUGUUGUUGGUGCCCGGGCCGUCCAGAGCGUCGUAACCGAGCGUGAGGCGAUUGCGUACGAGAUUGCCGAAAUUGUGGGCGACGUCGCAGACAAGUGGGGUGUAGCUAUCGAGGGCAUCCUCAUCAAGGACAUCAUCUUCAGCCCUGAGGUCUCAGCGUCCCUGUCGUCCGCUGCCCAACAGAAGAGGAUUGGAGAGUCCAAGGUUAUUGCUGCUCGUGCAGAGGUCGAUGCUGCUCGUCUCAUGAGACAGGCUGCUGAUAUCCUCGCCUCGCCUGCCGCUAUGCAAAUCCGUCAAUUGGAAGCACUGCAACAAAUGGCCAAGUCAGCCAACAGCAAAGUAGUGUUCGUGCCAAUGCAACUGCAGAGCGACGUAACCAGCCAACUCUCCGGAGCCUCUGGCUCUGGCUCUGGGCUAGGCACCAUCGUACAGAACGAGUCUGCUGCCGACACAAACAACCUCGGCAAUGCCGGUCGUGUGGGCAUCUUGAAUAGCAUCGCCGAGGUGUAG